UGACGCCAUUAUCAGUGUGUCUAAUGGUGGUCUCAGCGCUCGCGUCUCCGGUGCCAUAAACAUGGAGCUCGUCCACACCCUCAUAGCUUCUCUCUUGCUGGUGCUGAACUCUCUCGCAAAUACUGAGGGUGAUGCUCCCGCCAGAAGCUAUUUUGACCACAUAGUUGGUGGAUACUUUAGUGACGCCGUAGGUGGAUUUGCCAGUGAUGAAUUGCAAGUGAACGUUGAGGCGCAGGCGCGUCCCUGCCCUAACGACGCAGAUCUCAGUCCCUGCUCCUGUACUGUCCACGACGAAGACAAUUUUGUCAUCGAUCUGGAUUGCUCCGAAGUGGAGAGCGAGGAGCAGCUGGCGACGAUCAUGAGAUCACCCUUCCCGUUUGUACACUUCCGCAACCUGACGAUAGACAGCAACCCGAACGUGGUGGUGUUGCGCCGUGGUGUCCUGGCCAACAUCACUUUCCAAGAAUUCUAUAUAACGGGCGGAGCUCUGACGGAGGUGGAGACCGGUGCCCUCUCAGGCAGUUCCUCCACAGCAAUAUCUAUGCAUUUUGAAGGCAACGACAUAGCAGUGUUUCCCUGGGGGGAACUCUCGUUAUUUACAGCCCUCGUGGACCUGGACGUUAGCGACAACAGCAUCUCCACAUUCCCAGCUCUCAUAUCUGACAGUCUGAAGUACCUCGACCUGUCCAACAACUCGCUGGGUCUGGUUCCUAGCAUAGCUUUCAGGGAAACUCCCUUACUGGAGGAAAUCUACCUCAACGGUGUCAACAUGCUGGAGAUACUUCCAGGGACUUUCUCCGGACUGCAUUACUUGAGAAUAGUGAGUGUGAAUAGUAACGAGGUGUCUUCAGUACCAGAGGGAGCCAUACAGUUCACAACUGUUUCUCGUUUUACUGAGGUUCAUCUCUCUGACAACAACAUCAGAAACGUCGCUGCCAACGCCAUAACAGGUGUCACAAACGGCGGCGACUUGUUCCUGGAUAGCAACGAGCUUGAGGAGUUGAAGGAAGAGGUGUGGAAGCCGUUGCUUGAGCUCGGUGCUCGCCUGCAUCUCCAAGACAAUCCCUUGACCUGCGGCUGUGACAUCGCCUGGAUCAUGAUGAACAGCCCCAUCCUCGCCCUUAUUGAUGACCGCACCACCUGCUCCGACGGAGAGCUCAUGAUAAACCUUAAUCCAGAUAUCUUCGUAGAUUUGUGCUAUUAAAGAACCUCUUGAAUUCA